AUGGCUGGCAAGAAGCGCCAGGCGGCAGCGGACGGUGAGGGCGCUCGAGCAAGCAAGAUUGGCCUCCUUCGCCGCGGCAAGGCUUCGGGCAGCGGCACCGACCCCGUGGCCUGCGCCCGCUGCGACGAGCCCGUGGAUCAGCAGCCGGGCUUUCGAGGGAAGGCCAGCGGACGCGGCAGUCUGCCGAUGCACGGCUGCGACCAGUGCUACACGGGGUUCGUUCGCCAUUUCCAGCAGUACACGGCUUGGCAAGACUACGUCGAGAGGUGUCGUGAGGACGAGGACUCCAACAAGGACUGCGAGAUGAAGAUGCAGGCCGACGUCGAGCUUGCCGCCAGCAUUGGCGAUGCUCUCGGCGACCACGGCAGCGUCGAGGUAGAUGUGAAAUACGGCCAGGAGAUCAGCAAGACGCCGAUACAGUUAUCCAAGGACCAGUGGGCUGAUAAAGGUGUGAGCUCGACUGGCGCCAUCUGCCAGCACCCGACGAAGCCCUACACGGAGAUCAAUAACCACACCAAGACGGAAGUACGCAUGAGCACGGUCAAGACCACGGCCGCGAAAGCGGCAGCCCCAGGAGGAGAGCAACAUACACUCAAGCAGGAGAUCACGAAGACCAGGCAGAAGCAGGCGGCGAUACCCAGGGGGAACGCCAAAGUGCCGACGCUCGACCAGUUGCAGGACAUUGCAACCUCGGAGGCUGCCAACCGUGGGCUCGUGGUGCCGCCAAAGGCCUCUGGUGCAAGGCGUGCUGUUUCGGAGCUUUUGGCCAUCGAGUGCGGGGGCGCCGACGCGCUGGAGGGCGGCGCAGGCGAUGGCGACGGCGAUUCGCAAGGCGCUGUAUCGCUGAGCCCCGCUGGCCCCAGUGCCACGGUGGCGCGUGCGACCGCGAGGGGCUCCACCGCUCGCCGAGCUACGGGCGCGAGCUCUGCGACGCAGGGCAAGUCUUCUACUCCUGCGCCGUCGCGGAUCGGGAGGCUUUCGUCAAGUACCUUGGCUGCCUUGGAUUCGCCAGCAGGCGCGUCGGAAUCACCUGCUCCAGUUCGCGACCGCUCGAGGUCGCCAGCGCCGAUCCACGCGGCGCAUCUGAGCUCUGGAAGCAAGGUUGUUCCGAAGGCGACGCAAGGCGCCGUGGCUAACGACGAGACGCGGUGGGAGCAGCUGAAGCAGGACGCCGUCAUCGCUCGCAUCCUCGACGGCAUGCCGAAGUGCGGUCGCGUGUGCUCCUUGAAAAGGUUCAAGCCUCAGUCGCCCAGCAUCGCAAUCAUGGCUGAGACAUUGCACAAGAAGGCUGAGACGGCGACGCUGCUAGCGAACAGCCUGAACGACAUGAGUUGGGGCCAGAUAUGUGCGUACCUCCAGGUUCUCUCAAACGAGGAGGUCAAACGCGCCUACAGCUUCUCACAGGACCUGCUCAGGAAGUACUUGCAGCUGGCCGAGCCCUCGAUCGAUCAGAUCGCGGAUGCGAUCUUGCCUGUCGCAGCUUGCUCCGACGCCUUCAACGUGCACGAGCCCAAGCUCUCCAGCAUGGCGGGGGACAUUGGCUCGAUGGUGGCGGUGUCUCAGGAGAUCCCCAUGGACAUCGUGGUGCUUCCUGGCUUGGCGCGGCCCGCCUUGGUCGAGCACAUGCAGGCGCGUGGGGUCGGCUUGACCGACCAGUUCAGUGCUACCAUGCCAGGGCGGAGCGCCAGCGUCAAGGACUACUUCGAGAAGGUUAGGGGCGCGGGUCUCUUGCUGACCCACUUGGGCAACGGCGACCCUGAGACGUUCUCGGACUGCGCCCCGCAUAUGGCAUUGCUGGUGGGUUUGCUGACAGGGGGGUUAUCGGAUCCAGAGUGGCCGCCUCUCUCGGAGGCCUUCGGGGAGCACGAACCAUGGGCCGAAUGGAAGUCUUCGUUUCGACGGGCUGCGUCGCCUGACCUCCAAGCUGCCCCGAAGAUGAACGAGCUGAUCCUGAAGCUGCACGCAGCAGACCUCGAUGAAGAUGGCUUGGUUGCUCUUGAGUCUGCGAUCUCGUCCAUCGGCCAUUGGAAGAAGACGCGCCGUGGCAAGGCAUCGCCGACACUGAAAGCGGAGCAGGCGGUCCAGGACACCAUCCGGAGGCUGGCAACUCAGAUCGUCGACAGUUCCGAUGCCCUCGUCAACUUGGACUUCCUGGGCAAGCUCGAGGUGAUCAUGCACCACUUCUCUGUGGCUGCGGACUUCGCGCUGACCGAGGAUGGUGGUAGAUUGGAGGGUGCGCACGCUCGCUUGCUGGACAAGCGUAACGAGGUCGAGAUCUGCAGGAGUGGGGUUGAGAUCCUGGCGGCGGCCCGCAAGUACCUUGGCGAUCCCACCGAGGCGAACGCAGACGCUCUGCACGGCACCCUCCAGAACAACAAGAAAGUUGCCACCAGCGGGGGGGCUGAGAUGGCCGUCGCCGCCAGGACUGCAGCCCUGCUCCACCAGAAGAUCGAGCUGCUGAGGUCGAUCGGCGUCGAUGGGCUGGUGCAGCGACCUGAGUUCAGCACGUUGGUCCGCGGGGGCUUGCUGCUGGAGAGCAUCGGAGACCUGCUGAUGAAGACGAUCAAGCACGACGGCGACGGGAGCAACCUCAGGAUGGCCGUGAACAUGAGGGGCUACGAUGUGAGAUCGAACCUGCUGACGGCACAGCUUCUCGAAAAGUUCCAGUGUACGGCGGUGGACCCGAAUGCAGACUACAAGAUGAUCAAAGACGCAUUCGAUGAGCUCGGAUCGUUGAUCAAUACACUCCCUUCGACGACCUCCGACGAGUUCGACGAUGUGCUCACGAAGUACGACUUCGACGCCUUCAAGGCGUUCUCAGAGUUGGUGGCCCCUUGGAAGCUCGUUGCCGCUGCUGCUCUGAAGGCGUACGCCGAAUCAUGCGUGGAGGGCGCCGCCAGGGCGGCGGACGAGGUCAACGAGAAGCUUGCGGCCAUCGCAGGCGGCAUGGCGGACGGUAGCGACUGGCUCGACGGCUUCGAUGGAGACAGCUCCGACUGGGCUGCGCUGUAUGCGCACAUGCGGGCCACGGCGUUUCGCCAGACAGGCAUCAGCAACAAGAUCAAGUCCCUCGAGCGGGAACUUCGCGAGAAGCAAGCCGACUUCAGCAGGAUCGCAAAGGAUUACAAUGUUGCGGAGGUCGGCUUCCAAGAUGCCCGCGAUCGCUGGCAGUCGACCGUUGCGAAGGCUAACUUGACUGUGACAAUUGCGUCGCUGGCUCGGGCGGUGUCGGCAAAGGGGCCGCAGGGCGUGGACGGACUGCAGCGCAACCUCGACGCGAUGCAGGCCAAGAGCGUGGCCGUUGAGAGCAUCCCGCCUGCGCUCUGGGCGGAGGUCCAGCGCAAGCUGGCGCAGU